UGGAAAUUGUGUUCAGUACAUUGUUGAGUCUCAGUGUUGAACGCUGUUCUAAAGCAAAACAAAAACAUGUCGACGAAAACAGAUUGGGAGGCCAAUGAGGAGAUACAAUAUUUUCAAGAAUAUCUACGCAUACCAAGUGUACAUCCAGAUCCCAAUUACGAGCCAUGCGUGGCAUUUUUGAGAGCACAAGCCAAACUGCUCGAUUUGCCCUUACAAGUGCAUUAUCCCGUUAACGAACAGAAUCCUGCGGUGAUAUUGACAUGGCAAGGCAAGGAGCCGGGCUUGCCGGCGAUCUUUUUACACUCACACAUGGAUGUUGUGCCAGUAUUUGCGGAGAAUUGGACGCACCCGCCGUUCGGCGCUGAGAUCGAUGAUGAAGGACGAAUAUUUGCACGCGGCACACAAGAUAUGAAAUGUGUGGGCAUGCAAUAUCUGGGCGCGAUUCGUGCUCUCAAGCGGAGCGGAGCGAAAUUCAAACGCACCAUUCACAUAUCGUUUAUCGCAGAUGAGGAAAUGGGUGGGCGAUAUGGCAUGCGCCCCUUCGUGCAUACCGCAGCAUUCAAAAAUCUGAAUAUCGGAUUCUCACUAGACGAAGGUCUGGCAUCGCCCACCGAAGUGCUACCCGUUUUCUAUGCGGAGCGCAGUGUAUGGCGUAUAUAUUUUCAGAUUUCCGGCACAGCUGGCCAUGGUUCGUUGCUCUUGAAGAACACAGCGGGCGAGAAACUUAAUUAUAUUGUCAACAAAAUGAUGUCUAUGCGCGCACAGGAGCUACGCAAGUUGGAAAAUAAUCCGGAAUUAACUAUUGGUGAUGUGACCACAAUUAACUUAACGCGUGCUGGCGGUGGAGUACAAAGCAAUGUUGUGCCGCCCUUGCUGAUGGUCUGCUUCGAUGUGCGUUUGGCGAUUGAUGUGGAUCAAGUGGAAUUUGAAAAGAAGGUUCAUCAAUGGUGCAACGAUGUAGGUGGUGGAAUUGAGCUUGAGUAUGAGCAAAAACGUCCACGUGUCAACCCAACAGCGACCGAUAAAACUAAUCCUUUUUGGGUGGCGUUUGAAAGUGCUACCAACGAGUUGGGCUUAAAAAUAUCUAAGCAAAUUUUUGCUGGCGGCACCGAUAGUCGUUAUAUAAGAGAAGUUGGCAUUCCGGCUUUGGGUUUCUCACCGAUGAACCAUACUCCAGUGUUGUUGCACGAUCACGAUGAGUUUAUAAGGGCAGAUACAUAUUUACGUGGAAUUGAGAUUUAUAAGAAAAUUAUACCAAAAUUAGCUGAAGCUUAAAUUUGCUAAUUAUAAUAUAAAUGUAUAUACACUAUAUUUAAAAAUUAUAUUUAUAUAUACCAAAACA